AUGUUUCCUACAUUUUCAUUUUGGUUUCUUUUACUCCUUAUUUUCAACUUCUGGCCGAAAACAAUUGCAUUCACCUUAGGAAACCAGACUGAUCAUUUAGCAUUGCUCAAAUUCAAGCAAUUAAUAACCAAUGACCCAUAUGGAAUCCUUGAUUCUUGGAAUGGAAAAAAUAUGUUAGAGGGAACUAUUCCUUCAAGUAUAGGGAACUGCCAAAACAUACAAAUGUUAGACCUUUCAAAAAACAACCUUAGAGGAGUCAUACCCCCAGAGGUCUUCAGCAUUUCAUCUUUAACAAUAGGAUUGUUCUUAUCACAAAACUUUUUGAGUGGCAGCCUACCUGAUGAACUCGGUCAUCUACAAAAUAUUGUGACGAUCGAUGUCUCUAAAAAUCGUUUGUCUGGUAAAAUUCCUAUAACCGUGGGGAAAUGCAUAUGCUUAGAAUACCUUAUUUUGGCAGGGAAUUCAUUCAAUGGAAGCAUACCUUACUCUUUAGAAUCUCUCAAAGUUCUUAAAGUGUUGGAUCUUUCUAGAAAUCAACUAUCUGGGUUGAUUCCAAAAGCUUUGCAAAAUAUUCCUUUCUUUGAAUAUUUCAAUGUAUCGUUCAACAUGUUGGAAGGAGAGGUACCAACUAAAGGUGUCUUUAGAAAUGCAAGUGCAUUUACAGUGAUUGGAAACAAUAAGCUUUGUGGAGGAAUUUUGGAGUUACAUCUACCACCAUGCCCUAUUAAAGGUACAAAACACUAUAAUUUGAAGUUGAUGGUAGGGAUAGUUAGUGUAGUUUCUUUUCUUUUCAUUAUGCUAUCUAUUCCGACAAUCUAUUGGAGGAGGGGAACGAUAAAAAAACCAUCUUUUGAUUCACCAAUAAUUGAUCAGAUGAUUAAGGUUUCGUACCAAAACCUACACAGGGCAACCAAUGGGUUCUCGAAAAGCAACUUGAUAGGAUCUGGAAAUUUUGGUUCUGUCUACAAAGGAACACUUGAGUCGAUAGAAGGAUUUGUUGCCAUAAAAGUCCUAAACCUUACAAAGAAGGGAUCUCACAAGAGUUUCAUUGCUGAAUGUAACGCGCUAAAACAUAUUAGACACCGGAAUCUAGUAAAAAUUCUGACAUGCUGUUCCAGCACAGAUUAUAAAGGAGGUGAGUUUAAAGCUCUUGCAUUUGAGUACAUGAGAAAUGGAAACUUAGAAAGUUGGUUGCAUCCCACAACAGAAAUGACAGAUGAGCCCAGAUCAUUAAAUCUAGAGCAAAGGUUCAAUAUUAUUAUUGAUGUUGCGUCAGCGUUUUGUUAUCUUCACUACGAAUGCGAGCAACCUGUCAUUCAUUGUGAUUUAAAGCCAGCAAAUGUUCUUCUUAAUGACUCCCUGGUAGCACAAGUGAGUGAUUUUGGCUUAGCAAGGUUGGUCUCAAGUGCCGGUAUCUCUCUGAAGCAAAGUAGCACAAUUGGAGUGAUGGGGACAGUUGGCUAUGCACCCCUAGAGUACGGAAUGGGUUUGGAAGUGUCGAUUGAAGGCGACACGUAUAGUUUUGGAAUACUGAUAUUAGAAAUGUUAACUGGAAGGAGACCCACAGACGAAAUGUUUAAAGAUGAUCAUAAUCUCCAUAAUUAUGUGAAGCACUCAAUUCCAAAUCACCUUUUCCAGAUUGUGGACCGGUCUAUUCUCCCCAUUGAAUUAGAAAAUAAUAGUGAGAAUGGGAACUCUUGUAGUAUAGAUCCUAAUGUAGAAAAAUAUCUACUUUCAAUAUUUAGGAUUGCACUUUCUUGUUCAGUGGAAUCACCAAAAGAAAGAAUGAACAUGGUCGAUGUUAUAAGGGAACUCAACAUCAUUAAAAGUUUCUUUCCUACCAAGGUUCAACGAAGGCAUGGUGCAUUACAACCACAAAUCACAUGA